AUGGGAACGAUUACGUUUAAAAUUGGGUCUCGCGAAAAAUUGUUUCGACGCCUGAGCUGCUGCGCCAUUCUUUUUUGUUUACCAAUCUACUUCUUUUUGGACAUUGUUGUCGACCAAUUGUACGAUGAGCAUAACAUUACUGAGGGCUAUUUUAUAAAUACGAGUGGUUGUCGCAUAUUGGCGACAUCGCCCUUCACAUGGGAUGUGGUGCCCCUCUGGUUUGAUCUGCCGAAAGCACACUGUGGGGGCUGGCCGCUAUUCAAUCACUACAGUGACGACGUGUCCAACUAUUUGGAACUGAACACGAAUAUGGCAGCUAAAUCUUAUCUGUACAGGCUGAAGAUAACGGAUUUGAAAUGCAAAUAUCAGGAAAUAGUGCGGAGUGAUGAUUCCCACACUAGGGUUGUGAAUGAGAGAAACUUUAUAUUGAAGCCAAAUUUGCGGCUCAUUAUAGUAAAGGAUAUUGUGCACGUGACAUGCAAUGCUAGAAAUAGAACGGUCUAUAACAGGGUGCACUUUUUUAUUAAAAGGCCCAAGGAUGUUACUAAAAAAGCCACUGUCACGAAGACUAAAAUUCCUACUCCGUCUCAAGACCACAAACGUACUCGUCGUUUGUCCGUUUUGAUCUUUGGAAUAGAUUCCAUUUCGCACAUGCAUUUUCUACGCUCCAUGCCUGAGACUGGAAUAUUCCUGCGCUCUCUCCCCCAUGUCGAAUUCUGGGGCUAUCAGCGUGCUCAUACGAACACAUAUGGCAACGUAUUGCCAUUACUUUCUGGCCAAGACGCAAAUGAGAUAAAAAGGGGCUGUUGGGAAAAAUCUGGAUACGAUAAGUGCAAGCUCAUCUGGCGCGAUUUUGAGUCUGCUGGCUACACUACUGCCUUUGGUGAGGAUGCGUACACAAUUGGUACCUUUAAUUAUCUAAACCCUGGCUUUCGGCGUCCACCAACAAACUAUUACCUUAGACCAGCAUUAACGGCUAUGGCCGAGCUGUCAGAGGUGUCAAAUACUAGACUAAAACACUGCAAUGGACACGUCAGUUUUGGAGAUGAAUUGUUUGAGUUCUUCUAUAAAAUAAUGCCGCACUUAAAAUUUAAGGAUUUCUUCUCGUUUUUGUGGUGGGCUGAAGGUGUACAUUCGGAUUUCAAUUACGCAAAACUCAUGGAUAAUCAAUUCCUGCAUAUGCUGCAACAACUUCGGGAUAAAGGUAUAUUGGAGCACUCGCUUGUGAUUUUUAUAUCCGAUCAUGGCAACCGCCAAGGCAUUUUUCGUUUGACCCGACAGGGCAUGAUGGAGGUGAAUCAUCCGAUCCUGAUAACGUGCUAUCCAAAAUGGCUGGAGGAAUCGCAUCCAUUGGCCAUCUCUAAUUUGAAACUGAAUGGCAGACGACUGAUAACCACCUGCGAUCUUUAUGCCACACUUAAAGAUAUACUCAAUAUCGCCAAUCUGACGGACGGGAAUGUGAACAAACGCAGCGAAGAGCUUUCCUCGCUUGGCGAAAAUAUUCCUCGUGGCAUCAGUCUCUUUCUACCCAUUCCCGAACUGCGAACCUGCGCACUGGCCCACAUCAAUGAGACCUUCUGCCCCUGCAAUACAAUACGGGAGAUCUCCAUCGAUGAUGCGAACGUGCAACGUGCGGCACGUUUCAUGGUGCGCUUUAUAAACCAAUUGCUUCAGUCGCACACGUUGUGCCACAAAUUGAAGUUGAAGAGAGUGCUGAAUAGUUACGAGUAUAUGUGGCGUAUCAAGGCAGAAAACCAAGACUACGAUAUUAAAGUCCAGGCCGAAACGGUUCCGGGUCUGGCCAAAUUUGAGGGUACAGUACGCUUUUCCUCAUAUUCAAUGGCAUUGACUGGUCCCAUAGAACGCAUUAACAUUUAUGGCAACCAAUCGUCAUGCAUUCGAAACCAUAGCUUAGAACCGUAUUGCUAUUGCAAAACAAACUAUGUCAAUGGAAUAGAAAGGGGUUAA